CCGGCGCGCAAUGCCACGGCAACCAGGAAAGGCAUACCCGGAAGCUUUGGCUCGCGGCGACCAGAGACACCAAAGAUCGUGUCCUGUCGGCGCAUCUUUAUUGAUUCCAGGUCCAUUUUUGACCAGAACAAAGCAGAUGAGGAACCGAGUCCAAGACAAUGGAAUGGCUAUCUGCUCAGGAGCCGGGCGACUCAGAAGAUCAAGGAGGCCCGGCCCAGACGGAUGUUUGUGCUACUCAGCUUUCUGACGAGAUCCUCAGGUCCUGUACUGAUGAGGUGCUGAGUUCUGGUUCCAUCGGCUCCUCCAGAGAGCAGCAAUCCUGUUUCCACACCUCUGAGAGCCCACUAGAGAGCGAGAAGGCAAGUACAAGUUCAGAAGAACGAGAGGAGCAGCCAGAACUUUCCGUCUUACAGAAGCUGAGUGAAAAGUGGAUCAACCACAUCAAGCUCAAAGAAAUUAAUUCCAAAAGAUACCAACUCGACAGUAGACUCCCAACAGAAACCCCUGGGGGAUCCGCCGAAGAACUGAAUGCCCUGCAGUCUUUUUGUACUAAUAAAGUAAACUUGAUCCACCAGAGAGAGGAUUCAGGAGCAAAGAAAAGUAGCAGACACAAAAGGCUGCAGCUUAGAGGGAUUGCAGAGACUUCACAGGAAGAUGCUUUCAGUUGUACUGUACCUGAUGCACUGUUGAACAGGGUCUAUUUGAAGAACACAAGGGCGACUCUAGCGCACAUAGGGGCUAUUAAGCAACAUGUUUCUUCGCAAUGUCCCAGUUGCAAUAGCAAAAGAGCAGAGCUGGCUCAGUCUGACUUCCUGAAACGAAGGAAGACUCUACUGGACUCGCUUCUACUCCAAGAGAAAAUCGACGAACACCUUCAUACUACAGACCUUCUCACCCGAGUUGGAGAAGCACAUCGUGGCCUCCCAAGGCUUUCAGAUGAUCCCAGGAUCAUCUGGGAGAGACUGACAGGGAAAAUUCAGACGGGAAGCUCUGGCUUUGGAAAGGCAGAUUCAAAGCAGGUGUAACUUGACUGUACAAGUACUCAACCACUUCUCAACCCACUUAUCCAACCAGAUAGGAGGCUCUGACUGCUAAUGAAGGUAUAUAAUGUGUCCUGGCAGGGGAUGGUGACUAUUAAUGAUUAAUAUUAACAAUGUGAUGUUCAUACAUGUUCCCUUUUCGUAUUUGAGUAAUUGCCAUCUUUUACAGAGGAAAUUUCGAAACCAAUGUAAGAUUUCCUUCUGCUUCCUUCACGGAGCUAAACAAUUCCAUUCAAUAGUUUUUUUUUUUUUUUUUCACACUAUGGAAGACAAUUGGAGUAGCUACAAAACCUUUAUAAUCUAGGAGAAAGAUAGAUAUUGGUAGUUUGGAGUGGUGGUUGACAGUGCAGAAAUAAAUAAACAGAUGUAAGACAGUUAGGAAGCAUGGCUGACUGGUUUUGUUGAUGCCGGGAUUUAAUAAAAACUAAACGUUAAAAGGGCACUAGAAUUCUGACUUGUCUACUUGAUACAUGAAAGAAUGGUAAUUUCAUUAAGACAAGAGACAAGUUUUGUCAAAUUCUUUUGACAAAAACUCUAGAGUCACCCAGGAAGAGGCAACAUUAGUUGAGGUAUUGCCUCUAUCACACUGGCUUAUGGGAAUGUGUAGAGAGCCCUCCCUGUAUUCUCUAUUACAAGAUGGCGCCUGCAUCCGGCAGGCACCGAAUGGUAAACAAGUUAAUGUCGGGGUCUCCACUCUGUAAGCUUAUGCUCUCCCUCUCAAGAUGCAUUAAAGCUUUACUGCAGAAGGA